AUGGGGCCGGACUGUCACAGCGACUACGGGCGUCAGUUCACUCUGGACCAGUAUUACCUAGUAAAGGCGGUGUGGCUCAUUGUCGUAAGGGAUUUUGUCCUGUUAAAGUGGAUUAUCAAGUCACAACUAGCUGAGGCAACUCUCAGUCAACCAGAUGUUAAAACAGAUAUUGACCCAAUAAAGGAAAUCAAUUCCACUCUGUUGCAGCAAUUCAGAAAAAACAGAUACCUUAAACAUUCCUCAGAGUCACAGUCUGAGAAAUCUUUAACAAAUUAUGAUGCCCCAUGCCAAUCUGCCAGUCACGAGGACUCAACAAAUAUACAGGAGAAUGAGAACCUCUUAAUGCCUGGAAUAAACACUACAGUCUCUAAAGUGCCUCCUUCAUCUGAAGCCAGUAGUCAUUCACUUGCCACUUCACUGCUGUCUAAGGGGCGAAUAUUGCCAUCUACACCUUCUACUUCAAAGUCUUCCCAUAGAAGACUUCCUAGUCCUUCCAAAUUUAAAAAAUCACCAACACCGCCCUCUACAGCUAGUCCCCCAGUUAAUAGAAAACUCACCAGUCCACUAGAAGGUCAAAGUAGACUCCCCAGCCCACCGGUUAUGAGGUAUAGCAUUUUAAACUCUCCAUACCCUUUGAAAGCACCAUCUCCACCUGCUUCACCAAAAGUACAACGAUGGUCAAGAGAGAACAGCACGGAAGAAUCUGCUCGGUUGAUCAGUAAUGCGCGUUCUGUUUUCUGCCCAAUUUCUCCAUCCUUGUUUGAGGCCCAGCCCUGUAAAGCUGCCCAAAUGUCUCAAGCCUGGACCUCUGUUGGAGGCUCUUUUCUAUCAAAUACUCGUGGGAUUCGUGGCAGGAGCUCUGUGUCAGUCCAUCGACCUCAACCUUUUAUUCGUCGAAGUCUUUCAGAAAGAAGAACAAGUUUGAACCUUCAACCUCGAUCCCCAGUCCUCUCAGUGGACGAGACCUGCGGAAGUGAGCCUGCAAUAUGCACACAGGGACUUGAUGAUGAACCGGACAGAAAAGAGGAAUCAUGGGGUAGCCAAUCAGACCUCAGAGCGACUCAACGUUCUGCAUCCCACCCGGAUCUUUAUGUUGUUGGACAGGCCUUGCACAGAGACUCAACUGACCAAUGAAUUACCAGUGGGAUUAUGGAUUAAGAGGUUUUAGAGGGGAUUUAGGGUGAUGGCGCUUCACUGGUCCAAAAGGAGUAACUAACUCUUUUCACCUUGCUGCUGUGCGACACCUUGACAAUGAUUGUUUAAACAGUUGCACUAUUUGAAAAAAAUAAAAGUGAUGUGUUAAUAUGACCUGAUCUUUCUGUAUUAUAUAUAUAUAUAUAAAUAUAUACUAUUUAUCAGCACCUCUGUUUAGCACGUGAUACAGGAACAAGUAAUUUAGAAAUCCAGUUUAAACUCAGCUGUUACCUUUUUUUUUUUUUAUUUAAAAAAAAAAGGAAAACAGUUGCUGAUACGGUUUGAAUUUUCUAAGGAAAGCUGCCUAAUUUUCUGAAAUAUUUGUCAAAACAGAUUCAAGAGUUCUAAUUAAUUGACUUGUUAUUAACUACCCAAAAUAAUGCAUCUAAUUACUUUCACAUUCAACAAUAGUCUUAUUUUAUUUUACUGGUCAUCGUGAGUCUUUUUGUACUGUAUUUAUCAAUAAAAU